CCCGGGCUCUGCUCUUGCCUUCUCCACACUUGUUUGAUUUAUGAGGAAUCCAAGAUGAAUUUGGAGCAGGAGAGGCCGUUUGUCUGCAGUGCCCCGGGCUGCUCCCAGCGCUUCCCAACAGAGGACCAUCUGAUGAUUCAUAGGCACAAGCAUGAAAUGACUUUGAAGUUCCCCUCGAUAAAAACAGACAAUAUGUUAUCAGAUCAGACGCCGACCCCGACGAGAUUCCUAAAGAACUGCGAGGAAGUGGGGCUCUUCAAUGAGCUGGACUGCUCCCUGGAGCACGAGUUCCGGAAGGCGCAGGAGGAGGAGAGCAGCAAGCGGAGCAUCUCGAUGCAUAAUGCAGUUGGCGGGGCCAUGGCAGGGCCUGGAGGUCACCAGCUCGGCAGCACCCGGAUGCCCAACCAUGACACCAGCGUUGUGAUUCAGCAAGCCAUGCCGUCACCCCAGUCCAGCUCUGUCAUCACACAAGCACCUUCCACCAACCGCCAGAUCGGGCCUGUCCCAGGCUCUCUAUCUUCUCUGCUACACAUCCACAACAGACAGAGACAGCCCAUGCCAGCCUCCAUGCCCGGGACCCUGCCCAACCCGACGAUGCCAGGGUCUUCCGCCGUCCUGAUGCCAAUGGAGAGACAGAUGUCCGUCAACUCCAACCUCCUGGGAAUGCAAGGCCCGACUCUCAGCAACCCCUGUGCUUCUCCACAAGUCCAGCCGAUGCAUUCGGAAGCCAAAAUGAGGCUGAAGGCUGCAUUGACUCACCACCCCGCCGCCAUGCCCAACGGGAACAUGAACACCAUGGGACACAUGAUGGACAUGAUGGGCUCCCGGCAGGACCAGACGCCGCACCACCACAUGCACGCGCACCCGCAUCAGCACCAGACACUGCCGGCCCACCACCCCUACCCGCACCAGCACCAGCACCCAGCACACCACCCCCAUGCUCAGCCCCAUCACCAGCAGAACCACCCGCAUCAUCACUCCCACUCCCACCUCCAUGCACACCCAGCACACCACCAGACCUCGCCACACCCACCCCUGCACUCCGGCAACCAAGCACAGGUCUCACCAGCGACGCAACAGAUGCAGCCCACCCAGACAAUACAGCCGCCCCAACCCACCGGGGGGCGCCGGCGGAGGGUGGUGGAUGAGGAUCCAGAUGAGAGGAGGCGGAAAUUUCUGGAACGGAACCGGGCAGCCGCCACCCGCUGCAGGCAGAAGAGGAAGGUCUGGGUGAUGUCACUGGAAAAGAAAGCUGAAGAACUCACCCAGACGAACAUGCAGCUUCAGAAUGAAGUGUCCAUGUUGAAAAACGAGGUGGCCCAGCUGAAACAGUUGUUGUUAACGCAUAAAGACUGCCCCAUAACAGCCAUGCAGAAAGAGUCGCAAGGAUAUCUAAGUCCGGAGAGUAGCCCUCCCGCCAGCCCCGCCCCCGCCUGCUCUCAGCAGCAGGUCAUCCAGCAUAACACCAUCACCACGUCCUCGGCGGUCAGCGAGGUGGUAGGAAGCUCCACCCUCAGCCAGCUCACCACUCACAGAACAGACCUGAACCCGAUUCUCUAAAAAUCAGGGGUCGCACCUUGCCUCCAAGAAGAGCUGCCGCGUACCAUGCGUCCUGUCUUUGAAGGGCAUUUUUAGAAUUAACUCAGACCGGGAAGACUCCUCAGUUCUUCAAAAGACUGGCUUUCAUUUUUAUAGUUAUUAUGGAAAUGUUGUCUUUUAUACUUAGUUAUAUAAGAAAAAAGGGAGUUAUGCAAUUACUAUCUAUCAGCUUGGGAAAUGCUUUGGUGCUUUUCUCCAGUUCUCUGGUACCAGUUACUUGUUUGUAAACUGAACUCUUUCUGUAUAUAGUCAUGGUUUCAUGCUUAUCAGUCCGACCCUUUGCCUGAGACACUGAGUCUUGUUAAACUGCAGCUUUUAGCCAAACAAGGCAUACUUAGUGGUCAGCAGAAGCAAGGUCACUGGGUGAGAAGUGUGAUGACAUCAUAACGCAUGUUGAGUCUGUGCUGUGACGUCACCGGAAUCCCAGAUAAACACAGAGCCUUUCCACAACUCUGUUCCUCCUACUAUCAAAAAUGUUAAGGCCCACUUACAUCCGAAUAAAAUCACCAGGCGUCUCCCCAGCUCCUGCUCCUUGUGGUCCACUUUCUCAAGUGCCCGCUCCCCUCUCCAUGUUCCCACUCUUUCCUGGGCUCCCAGUUUACGCUUCAUUUUUGCCUUCUUUUCUAUAUUCCCCCUUUAGCAUUGCAUGUGAAGAAGAAAAUAAUAUUCAAAGAAAAAAAUAAAAGCAAACCUCAGAAAUGUGGGCCUGGCCAUUGCGUCCUUGCCCUUGACGCACAGCUGGCGUCCAUUCAACCGUGCAUUUUACGAAAUAGUAACCAGGAGACGUUUCAUGUGCCUGACUUCAUGUUUUUCAUAAUCAGAGCAACGAAAAGGCGGCUUAGCCAUAGGUGAAGCACUGUUGAAUGCCAGCUGUGGACACACCAGGGAAGGGUGCUGUGUAAGCCUCCACUGUGAUCGUGCCAAUUCGGAUGCGAGGCUAAACAUCACACGCUCCAAUUACAACUGGUUUGAUAUGGCCUGUCCCUAAUGUCGAAAAUCCCUGCAUUACAUCAUAAUUCAGAAGGGCUCUAUUCACCACACCGGUUAUGUUGUUCAGUCAUCAACUGCUAAUAGCCUACGAUUUAUUGUUAAUUUUUUUCCUUAAGCCUAUGGAAACAGCUCUGCUGUUCUGGUGGGUGGAAAGUAGAUGAGCUGCUGGAGGAACAAAGAGAAAGAAAGCCCAAUGUUUGGGGGUGGGGAGGUGCUCUCAGCCCUCCAGUAGCAGCUCAAGAAAGGACCCCGUGGACAGGCUGCUCCACUCUCCUGAACGAUGCUGAUUUACAUUUUCAACAACUUUCGAGGACUUGCCCGUUGUAAAAAGCAGAUAGUUCCAAACCACAGUCGUGCCUCCUUGAAACAAGCCAUUCUACUGUGCUGGUGUUUUAAUAUCACAACUCACAAAUAACCAGGCUAACGUUUCUCUUCAGCAGUCUAGACAGGUGCUGGUGUUUCAUCUCCAUGUGAAUGCUUGACCUCCUAGCACGAGUGUGAGUGUGUGUGUGUGUGUGUGUGUGUUCAGGGGAUUUAAAGGAAUCGUAUUUUAGAAAAGGUGUAGCUUUUAUAAGAGUUCAGAAAAGGGAAGGAUGUGCUUUGUUUUUUUUUCUCUCACUAUAGUGUAAGAAUCUAUUUUGGAGAAAAAAAAAGAGAAUAUGAGAGUCGUGAAGCAUGAUUUUUAUAACUAGUUUCAGUUUUAUCUACUAACUUACUUUUUAAAUCAAUAUUUAUCAACAAUCUUUUCAUGUAUGCAGUGCUUUCAAAAGAAAGUUUUGAGUAUCCACUGAAAUUCAUGACUUGGAUAUAUGGUCUCAAAAUCAAAACAAAAAAAAAGAAAAGAGAAAAAAGAAAAAUGCAAACAAAAAGGAUUUUCUAUUAUAUUUUAGACAAACAUAUCAUUUUUAAGUAUUUUAAAUACUGAAUUCAAAGUUGUCUUGUUUUGUUUUGUUCUUUGUGUUGAAUCCCAGCAGGAGCAGCUGAAUGGUUUAACCUAACCGGCUUCCUAAGAGACAUGUAAGAUUUAGCGAAAAAAGAAGUUAACAUUCUUCUUUCUAUAUUGAAGUGAAAAAUAAUUUUUCAUAACUCCUGCCUAGGACUAUCCCCGUGUCCCCUUAUCAAAGAAAAAGAACUCAUUGAAAUGUUUGUUCGAGUUUUUGAAUUUUUGAAUUUUAUUUUUUGCUUUAAGUAAACAAAAACUUUCCUUUCUUUACUGCAUGCAUAGCACUUAAUGAAAUGGAUUUUUUAAAAAUCCACUGGUAAUACCAGAAUGUCCAGGGAGUGUGGGUUGUCACUAAAAUUACGGUUUACUUUCCUGCUGUUCCACCCCUUGAUUGAAAUAUUUAGUUGUUCAACCCAAAGCCUCUGCAGUUAAGAACUUGCCUGAGUUUUCUUAAUUCAGCAACUUGACAGUUUGACUGAUGUGCAUUAUAUAUAGCUCAAUUAUGUCUGUUCUUUAUGCUAAGUAGGCAAACCAACCACACACACGUUAGCAGUUAGCAAAUGGGCCUCAACGUAUAAUUAGAAUAAACUGUCUUCUUGUUAUGCGCGGGGCCUUUAGGUAUGUUCAUUAGCAGUGUGGAAAUACAGUCAAUGGGAGAUGCCAGCUCGUUCUCGGAGCUUGAAAUCCCAAACAGAAAGGCUCAGUGGUCAGAUGAGGAACAUGGCUUAUCAAUAUUAAGUUAUUUCCCCUGAAGGCCCCACUUUUUCCACACCGCGGAAUAAUCGGUCCCCGCUCUUGCCCUACGCUUUUGGCCCAUCUGGGAAACCAUCGUAACCCAUUCUUCUCCCCACUGCAUUCCUGCGUCACCAUGCAGAGUUUCAGGACUCCGUCGUGACGACCUUCACAGCGCCCACCUGGAAGGCUCUGCGGCGCUGCUGCCCCCCGCCCCCCGCCCGCCAUCCUCGUGGGGCAUUUUUAUCCUAGCAUCCGCCUCUGAGGUCACUGCCAGCCUAUCUGGAAAUUUCUACCCGAUAGUGUUUUUACCAGUAGAAUCCUCCCCCAAACUGAAGCAUCCACGCCUUAAUUGUUUUUUUCCUUAAGACAUUUCCCAAUGUCGGCCGGGGCAGGUAUGGUGAAAAUCCUAGCCAUGGAUGUAUGCACUCAUUUCCAAGCCAGGCGUUAGGCCGGAAGUCUUCCCUCUACCCUCCCCCUCGUCCUCUCCCACCUCCACGUCCAGGUACGCCUGUUGGGGUCUGAACGUGGUCUGUGGGCGCCGGGCUGAGCUGCCCUUGCUUGUGCAUUGUGAGAAUGAGGGUGACCUGACGUGGAGCAAACGCUCUUUGGAGCCUAUCCAGUCAAUGAAAUCAAACGCAGUGCAAGUUCCGAGUGGAGAGGCGUGGCGGGUGAAUGUUCAGGUGGCCGUUGCCUGUUAGCGAAGUACAUUUUAGCGUGUUGCUUGAGUUUGUCAUUGAAAUCUUAAACCAGCUGCCGUAACAAACCAGCCUGUGGCUGAGGAGCGGGGGUGGGUUAAACUCCAGUAACUGCUAUAAAACUAGCCAUCCAGUUAGGGUAGAAUGUGCUUCUUUCUGGUUAAUAAAAAUCAUCUAAGAAAAUAUAUAUGUAUGUAUGUGUGUAUACAGUGGAAUUCAAGGACCAAAGCAAAAUUUGAACAGGAAUCUAUUAAUUUAGAAUUUUAUAAGAUAUUUAUUAAUAAAUGUUAUUUUUAAACAUUCCAUUUGAACAGUAUUCUUCUGUAGGAUCUACUUUGUUUUUAAAGUAUUAGUUCAUAAUAAACUAUUCUAGUCGUGCGUAUCUUCAUUUUUCAGGGUUCCAAAUGGCUGUUCUCUAUCAUUUGAUGGAAAUGUUUGCUUAGAUCUCUUUGCAUAGAAAUUUCAAGGACUUUUGUUGCUCGGUGAGUUAUUUUUUAAUCUGUGUUCUGAACAGCUUUUUUUAAAAAAAAAUUAUUUCUUUUUCCGUGUUUAAAGUAAGCCCUUUCCUUUAGGGAGCAGAGUUCAGCUAAAGGGAAUCAGUAGCUAUAACUGGAACGCUUUCUUGUCAACGUAUAAAAACAACUUCAUCUCUGCGUCUCUGCACCCCACCUCAGUCCCCUCGAAUGCUUUGCACUAUUCAGCUCUUUACGCUCUUUGUGUCCCUUCUCAAACGAUACGCAGUAGCGUUAAGCCAUUCAAGCUCCAUUAUGCAGUCUAUCUGAGAAGGAAAAGGAAACAACCCAUUUAAAUUUGAAUAAAAUGUGCCUAUGCGAACAGUAGCAGUUUAGAACCUCUCUUCUGCUUCAAAUAAUUUAUAUUUAAAAUUUGCACUUUAGCUUUUUUGGCCCCUUCCUCUUGUUCUUUCUAACCUCCCUCCCUGUCCUCAAACUUGCCAGUUCCGCUUCCCUCUCCACUGUACAUACCCCCUUCCUUCGAAGCUCUGAGCUGCAUCCUUUAAAAUCCUUUACAGAAGUAUUUGCACCGGGUACAUUUGCGUGCGGUCCUUAGUAGCCUAGCGAAGACGUGUUUCUCCCAUCAGCCUAGAUGAAGCCUGCUACGAGAAUGCCCAGGAAAAGAGCCAGUUUAUACUCUAUCCCUUUCUUCAUAGCAUGUUUUAAAAAAAAAAUUAUUAUUAUGCAACAGAUUGUCAGGCAGCACCUAAGCUACACUUAAGAAUUUUCUAUCUCACUCUCCGAACCAAAGUGUCCUGAUUGAGCCAGGAGACUUAUUCUUUUGUGCAUCGUGGUGCAUGAUGGACUGUUGUCCUCGCCCUGGUCUCUCUGGGGCUGCUGAAAUAACAGUGGUCCUACCCGGUUCAUUCCUAGGUCUCAAAAAUGCAAUGUUGCCUUGUAACAUAAUUAGGGACAGCGCCUCUGUUUCACAAGUAUAAUCUGAGGAAGGACAAGAAGACACUGAAGCAAUAAACUUACAAGUGAACUCCAAUACCAAGACAUAUGAAAAGAAAAAAAAAAUCCUAGCUCAUCAUGUUGUGAAAAUAAAAAAAAAGUGUAUGUCCAUUCAAAAUAUUUUACUAUUUCUUGUGGAGUUUUUCAGUGAUGUAAUGCUUAUAGCCAAAUUGCUUAAAGAGUGUUUAUAUAUUUUUUCCUUAUAAAUUGUCUAUUUUUAAAUAAAAACUAUUUAACCACAAGUUGAAGAGAGGGGUAAGGCCUCAUUUGUUAAAAGAUGAAUAUUCCUAAGUGGCACUCUGAUACCUUUCCAAGCUUAUCAUCAGAGGGGAAUCAAUAAUUAUCAACUAUUAUGUUUAGACCAAUAGACAGAGUUUAACUCAUUAGAAGCCAGGGUUUAGAAAGCUCUCCUUCAGCCAUUUAAGAUUUUCUUACAUUGAGUUUCAUAUUACAGAGCUUUAUAGAAUUUUUUUAAAGAAUCACAUCAGCCUCAGGACAGAGAAUGGUAACCUGAAUAAAGUAGCUUUAAAUACAUCAUUAAAAUCUUAUGCACACUAAGCCCACUAGACUAGUUCGCUCUUUUAGAAUACCAAUGCUGUAGACACGAGGUCCUGGAAGGUAUCACAGUGCCAGUGUGGAGGAGGGUUCAGAGAAAGGACCCUUCCUACCAGCCAGCCAGUAAAAAAAAAAAAGAAAGAAAGAAAGAAAAAAAAGAAAAAGACCUACCUACCCUCUUCUACCCUCUUUCCUUCUAUGUUCUGCUAAAUCACACCUGCCUCCUAGAGAGGAGUUCUCUGCCUUUGAGGUUUGUCUUGAAGAAAAGAUAAGCUUUGAAAUGUUCUCCCUGGAGAGGACAUGGGGUUUGGGAUCUUCUAAAAAGGCCCAGAAAAAUGGCUCAGUUCAAACACAGUAUUCCAGGACAAUUGGAAUAUAAAUAUUGUCCCAAAAAUAGAACUAAAAGAAAAAAAAAAAGUCUAGCAUUGUACUAAAUAAGUGUUAACUAAUGAAGUCCCAAAAAAAAGGUGCUGUCACUUUAAGUUCUGGACUGGAGGGUUGUUUGUAAUUGUAAACAGCAAAGCAUUUGUGUUUGUUUGUCUGUUUGUAAAGCAACCACCUUCCUUACUGGAAGGAGAAAAAAAUCUUGGGGUACCUACCUGUAAAUAUUUGCUGCAGCAUUUAAUAUGUUUAAUUUUAUGUUAAGCUUUUUGUCGCAUAGUGAACACGUUAUUACCAAUGGACAAUGAGUUCAUUAAGACUGUUCCACGAGGUCAGAUUUUUACAUCUCUUUCUAGCAAGAAGAGACAGAUUUUGUGCAUUUGUACAAAUGUUAAUAAUAUCACUGCAAUUCCAGUAUA